UCCUUCCCCGUUCUUUACACAUCUGAUUCCGCUACCCCUCGUGGGUUCUAUGUCAUCCAUUGGCCAAUACCGCGAGCCGAAAGCUUUUCCCUUGAAAAACCUUUUCAGCUUGACCCAGAAGUCUUCAAAAAGCAAAGGAAAAGAUCCAAGCUGGUUUCUUUCACUUGCAACCUGACCCAGUUCAAUUCUCUUCCAUCUGUUGCCCAGACUCUUCUCUCUUCCUCGGCAACAAACGAUCGCAACCAGCGGUAGACGACACUCGAAAACCCUCCUUCGCUUACCCAAACCCGAAGAAAAAAAAAUGGCUCGCGGAAACACCCCUGGCCCUCGCGGCGGCAGCUCUCGUGGUGGUCGCGGUGGCUCUCGUGGCCGUGGUGGUGGACGUGGCGGAAGCCGUGGCCGUGGCCGAUACGUCGGCGCCGGAUACGCCGCCUCCCUCACCGCCAUCCGCGAGAACCCCAGAGGUGUCCUUUCGGACAUCAACAAUGUUUCGUCCUCACCUGCCUCUGGCGGGUUUAACCUCCGCCGCGACCCGCCCAGCUAUCGUGCUGGUAGCAACUGGUUCGGGCCCGUCAGCGGUUCGGUGUUGCUGAGAUACUUCAAGUGCUCACCCGACUCCCCGGAGUCUUACCAGUUUCAGACCAUUAACAGCGGCGAGGGCAACCCAGAUGGUAUUGCUUUUGCCAUCGUCCAUGAAGAUGAUCAGCCUUUGUGGAAGAGCCACGGCAUUGUCUACACCAAUUCCAGGCAUUAUUUGCUCCCCGGGUACGAUGAGAAGAAAGCUGCCCUUCUUGCCCAGCAUCAGGAGGCUACGGAGGAGGAAAAGGUCCAUCGCAGUAUUAAUGCCACCACAGAGAACAUAAAGUUUCGUCGCUAUGGCCUUGAGGAUGGUCCCGACAUGGAAAUCUUUGGCCUGCAUGGGAAUAUCUCUCGCAUUGUUGUCCCUGGCGAAUGGCAGAAGAAGAAACACGAGAACCCCAUCCUCGUCGGUUGCAAUAACACCCCCAGUGUUAAGCACACCCCUGGCCUCCACUCCCCCAUCGCUGUAUUCGAGACCCUUCCCGAUGACGACCGCGUCCAGUACAUCUCGUGGUUCCGGAUUGAGGAGAUUGAGUUGUUUGCCGCCAACUCUGCUGCGCUGGCGAAGAACUUGCACCAAGUCGGGAUGAACGCUGGUGUGGAUACCGAGUGGGCGACUUUGAAGUUGUCCAAAAUUUUGCCGGGUGACGCCCAGUAUAGGCGUUAUCCGAGCUGCGGAAAGACUGAGAAGAGGCAGUUCAAGCUCGGACAAGAGAUUGAGCACUUGCGAGCGGUGGAGAACAAGGGCUCGGACGAGGAAGGUCUCGUGGGGGAGCGCGAGAUCAACGUGGCCGGGCAGCCGGUCGCGGACGAGCAAGUGCUCGUGAGCGAGGAGACUGGCGCGGUGGUCCCUGCUGAGACAAAGGAGGAGGAGGAGGAUUUGGUGGAGUUGGUCCGUGUGCUUUCUGAGGACGAGCGGAUGCAGGCCUUGGUCAAACAGGCCGAGGAGGUUUUGACGGCUCGUGAGAAGGAGCGUGUGGUGGAGGAUGUGGUGGAGGAAAAGUAG